UGCAUUGCACGAAAUGGAAAUGCCUAUUGAAUUUUAAAGAUAAUAAUUAAAUACUACAUUUUAAUCAAAUAAGUCGCAUUAAACACCAUUGCCUUUUGGCAAUGCACUAAUCAUUCUAUCAGUUACCAAAAUUUUGAUGUUGUUCUUUAAGUUUUCGUAUUAAAUAAUACAAUAUAAACAUUGUGUUUCAUCGAUGGACUUUAGAAUCGAUAACCCAAUUUCGCCGUAGUUUUUUAUUAAAAUUGGCUUUAGUAAAGGCAUAUAGAUGUUGGGAAACUUGUGUUGAUAGUGUUGAGGUGCCGUGCAGGUGGUAAUCAUGUUGUUCACACCGAUUUAUAUAGCAAUGACCUUUAUAAAGAGUUGGCGCAUCAGAUCGUUCCGAGCACGGCUCCUGGAGUUCCUUAGCGGGAAUACAAGUGUUGCGUUUUGCAAAGUGCCAGAAAAUGCUGCAGAAACCCCUACUUUAAGUUCCAAGCUAUGCACAAAUCCAAAGAAUGCAUACCUAUGUGACUUGCUAGAUUACACAAAUGCGACCAGGAUAUGCAGUAUGAAGCCGGCUCAGUGUAUUGAGAUCAGUGACUGGGUGACAUGUGCGGGAGGCCUGCCACUAGGCUCCGAGGAGCAGCCUUCUGUCAUUGAAUUUGAUGUUGAAGUGUUAUUGGAGUGUGAAAUGGAGCCCCAUGAUUUAAGUGCAAAUCAUUUAAUAACGCUGGACUCUAUGGGCUUACCGGUGGCAUGGAAAGCCAGCUCUCAUUUAGCCAUAGUGCUUAAAACAAACAUAGAGAACCUGAGUGCAGCCGGAUUUCACUUUGUUGGUAGUGAUGAGUUUCUAAUUGAUCACAAGCUGCCAGUAGUAAGGAUACAGACUGUAAAGCUUACAGGGGAACCAAAUAAAGCUACUGAUGCCUCGAUGAGAAGUCUCAGAAGCGACAUUCAACAUGGUUUAAAAAACCCACCUGGGGAAUUCCAUUGGCCCGUGCAUGCAGCCCUGCUUAGAAAACUGUCCAAAGUAGUUGAUGUUAAGUCUGAAUGUAAUAGUGCCGUUAUAGAAAUGAAUGGUGGCAGCAGUAACAUGGUUGAUACCACAACAAUCAGUAAAAAGACUGUGUCUCUAGCAGAUGUGAGUGUCAACACAACAAAGUCCCUCACAGAAGAUGACGAAAAAGACACUUUUGCGGCUGAACCAAUUAAAACCCCAAAUAAAUCUCCAGAACGUAAAGCAAAGCCGCAAGAAGAGAUUGUUGUUGAAAAUGUAACAGUUGAAAUUCAGCACAAUAUAACACCUAAAAAAUCUAGUCUCAAAUUAGAUCUCAAGAAAGGUACAAGUUGCCUGUCAGCUUCAUUACUCAACAUAUCGAGCCAAAUCAAGUCUGUCACCACACAUAAAAGGAUAGUGAGCUCAUCUGGGCCUAAGAAGUCGCAGCCCCAGAUAGAGAGCUGUCCAGUGAAGGAAGAUUCAAAGGGCUCUCCGUCUCAUGGCAGACCAAAGUCUGCCAAAACUUCCCGUCCAUUAGUCAAUACUAAAUCACCAAACAUAUUGAUAUAUUCAGAUAGUAUAGCUGCUAGAGAUAAUUUAGAAGCUUCUCUUAGAAAAGUUUUGGAUGCAGAUAGGUACACGAUAUACUCUGUGACGCGAGACGCGCUGGAGACGGGCGCGUGGCGCGGGCGCUGCGCUCUGGUGGCGGUGGCGGGCUGCGUGGGCCGCGCGGCGCCGCUGCUACUAGCGCACCUGCUGGACGGCGGCCGCCUUCUGGCGCUGUGCUCAGACCUGCUGCACGCCGUGCUGCCCUACUACAAGACUGCCGAGGUUCGUGAGAACGAAGUAGUACAAUUCACAUUUGACAAGUGGAAGUCUGUCAAGAUGAAGCACCACAUAUUCUGCUACCAGGCCUCGCCGGCAAAGAAACAGUUUUCUACGGAAAGCGACAGGCAAGCAAGUCAGGAAGCUAAUAUAUAUGGACCGUCCAAAUACACGGGGCACCCGGGCCACGAGCUGGACAUCCAGGUGCUGGCGUCCGAGGAGACGUGGCGCACGCCGUCGCUGCUGCAGGCCACCGACCUCACCAACAGCGGCGUCGCCAUAUUCUCACAGGUGCAGUACUUCAUGUUGUACACCGUCCGGUACACGGGACACCUGGGCCACGAGCUGGACAUCCAGGUGCUGACGUCCGAGGAGACGUGGCGCACGCCGUCGCUGCUGCAGGCCACCGACUUCACCAACAGUGGCGUCGCCAUAUUCUCACAGGUGCAGUACUUCAUGUUGUACACCGUCCGGUACACGGGACACCUGGGCCACGAGCUGGACAUCCAGGUGCUGACGUCCGAGGAGACGUGGCGCACGCCGUCGCUGCUGCAGGCCACCGACCUCACCAACAGUGGCGUCGCCAUAUUCUCACAGGUGCAGUACUUCAUGUUGUACACCGUCCGGUACACGGGACACCUGGGCCACGAGCUGGACAUCCAGGUGCUGGCGUCCGAGGAGACGUGGCGCACGCCGUCGCUGCUGCAGGCCACCGACCUCACCAACAGCGGCGUCGCCAUAUUCUCACAGAUACACCUGGAAGCCGACCCCUGCGACUACCUCGCCGACGAAGGCGUGAAAAGCAACGAGGCUCGCCUGGAGAUCAUCCACAAGAUCCUCGGCGACAUCCUCAACCUUCACGUGCGGGAGCCGCGCGAGAUCACGCAGCCCGACUACAGCCGGGGGUUCUUCCUUGGGAACCACGUGCAAAAGCUGGCGCUGGUGGAGGGCUGGUGCUCGGGCGGCGCGGCGGACGGGGGACGGCUGCAGGCGCUGCCCGGGCUGGCGCUGCAGUGGUGCCUGCGCGGCGACAAGGAGGCGCGCGCGCCCGCCGCCGACUUCCUGCCCGUGCACGUCUACGAGUGCCCCGACCACUUCUCCACCGUUGAAUACUUCGACAACCUAACAUCGAAAGAGUUGGGGCGUCUAGUGAUCUACGCGGACAUGCUAACGACCACGAACGCCGUGACAGGCGGGCCCCCACUGGCGCACGGCGUGGCGGCCGUGGCGCGCCGGCAGACGCUCGGCCGCGGCCGCGGCGGCAACGCCUGGAUCACUGUGCCCGGACAAGCUUGUAUCUCGCUACAGGUAUGGCGCAAGAUAUCGCCGACGCUCCCGCUGGUGCAGCACGCGGCCGCGCUGGCCGCCGUGCGCGCCGUCCGCGCGCUGCCCGCCUACGAGCACCUCGACAUAAGAAUAAAAUGGCCGAACGACAUCUACUACGGGCGCGAGGUGAAGAUCGGCGGCACCACCACCACCGCCAACGUCACCGGAGACAACGUUGUCUGUAACAUUGGCACCGGCGUCAAUAUCUCCAAUAUAGUCCCAACAACAUGCGUGAACCAAAUAAUCGAGCAACACAACAAGCAACACGGCACCACCCUAGCUCCAAUGACGAUAGAGAAGUUCCUGGCGCGAUACUGCUCACAGUUGGAAAGGAUACUGGAAUAUAUCGACUCGGACGGCGGCGUGGAUGCCUUCCGAGAGCAGUACUACCAGUACUGGCUGCACGACAAUGAGAAGAUUCAGGUCCGUCGCGAAGGAGAGUCUUCCCCGGUCGCCGGCACGGUGGUGGGCGUGGACGAGGCGGGCUGGCUGCGCGUGCUGACGGUCGCCGGUGACGUCACCGUGGCGCCCGACGGCAACACCUUCGACCUCAUGACCGGCCUCGUGGCCCCUCGGCUGUGAGCUAUCGUCCCCGGUCGCCGGCACGGUGGUGGGCGUGGACGAGGCGGGCUGGCUGCGCGUGCUGACGGUCGCCGGUGACGUCACCGUGGCGCCCGACGGCAACACCUUCGACCUCAUGACCGGCCUCGUGGCCCCUCGGCUGUGAGCUAUCGUCCCCGGUCGCCGGCACGGUGGUGGGCGUGGACGAGGCGGGCUGGCUGCGCGUGCUGACGGUCGCCGGUGACGUCACCGUGGCGCCCGACGGCAACACCUUCGACCUCAUGACCGGCCUCGUGGCCCCGCGGCUGUGAGCUAUCGUCCCCGGUCGCCGGCACGGUGGUGGGCGUGGACGAGGCGGGCUGGCUGCGCGUGCUGACGGUCGCCGGUGACGUCACCGUGGCGCCCGACGGCAACACCUUCGACCUCAUGACCGGCCUCGUGGCCCCUCCGCUGUGAGCUAUCGUCCCCGGUCGCCGGCACGGUGGUGGGCGUGGACGAGGCGGGCUGGCUGCGCGUGCUGACGGUCGCCGGUGACGUCACCGUGGCGCCCGACGGCAACACCUUCGACCUCAUGACCGGCCUCGUGGCCCCUCCGCUGUGAGCUAUCGUCCCCGGUCGCCGGCACGGUGGUGGGCGUGGACGAGGCGGGCUGUCCGCGCGUGCUGACGGUCGCCGGUGACGUCACCGUGGCGCCCGACGGCAACACCUUCGACCUCAUGACCGGCCUCGUGGCCCCGCGGCUGUGAGCUAUUCAUAAUCUAAUAGAUGGACGAUCAAAAAUACCGUAUUUCGUAGAAGAGAGGUGUCAUCCAGUACGCCUUGCUUCAAAAAUAUUUUGGCCCGAUUCUGCGCGUAAAAGUAACUUGAAAUAUAAAGAAAGGAGUGGGAACAAAAGUUGAUUAUGCUCGGGAUAUCGAAUAAGUAUAAGGAAUUAAAGCUACAAAGUGACUGGUAAAAUGCAAGGAAUUGUUAAUAAGGAAAGCCUGGUGAAGCAAAGGGUAGCAGGUAUGAAGCAACGCUAGCGCACAGCAUUUGUUCCAUUGAUUGUGGUCGGUGGUAGAAUCAUAAGUUUAUGUCAAAAGCUACACUAUUUAGUUUUAGUGCUUUAAAUAAUAAAAUACUCGAAUGUAAUUUAACGAUCAUCAUAAUCAUGUAAAUACGCGGCAUGACUAGAUAGAACAGCCGUAACACUGCCAUUUCUACUAUAUCUAAUAUCAUCUAAAAACUGUAAUAGAUGUCAUAUAUUAAAGAAAAACCACUGGAGGGCUUCGUCACUUUUUCUUUAAUAUAUGACAUCUAUUACAGUUUUUAAUUUAUAUAUAGUAGUGUGACUACUUUAAAAAACACAAAUCAAAAUAUUUAAUAAAAUAAUUUGAUUUGUUCCCAAACUUGUUAAUAUCAUCUAGGUAAAUUAAAUAUUGGAGUCCUGUUGUAUUUUAGAAUUUCGACUUGUUCUUGUAAUCAUCUAUACCUUUAAAAUUAUGGGAUUUUAAAGAAUGACGGUCAAUUAAUAUAAGUUUCAUGGAGGUGUAAUCUCAGUGCAAUAGAAUGUAUAUAUCGAUAUAAAUAAUAAUAUAUUUAAGUCAAUCCAGUGUUCAUUCAAACAACAUGCACGAUCUGUAUUGAAGAGUGUGACGUUCAUAAGUAAAAUAUGUGACGUUUUCAACCAAAAGGUAUCACAUUGUCGCUUGUCGAUAAGGUUGAUUUCUAAUUGAAGCUGACCCUUUUGGUUAAAAAUGGCACAUAUGUUAAUUGAAUAAAUGCCAGUGUUAAAUAUAAAUGUUUACGUAUUUAAUAAAUGGAUUAUUCAUUGUUUUAUAAUUAAUAUAGAAUGGAUAAGUACCUAAUGAUGUUAAUGGGUGAGGGUAAACCAGUGUACAUUUGCCGUUUGUGUUUUGUAAAGUCACACUAAUAGUCGUCGAAAGUGCUUUUUACGGGAGAAUGGCAAUAUUCGUGGUUGUGAUAAUUUCGCGUUAUACUAACCUGAAGUUCAUAAUUGCGUUUCAGGUUACAGAACCACCGGUGCCGUAAGUAGGUUGAGUUUAGUUCAAAACUGAACCAUUAGAGUUAGACCAAGAUAAGUCUGCAACGAUUUUGAUAACACACGCAGUGCAAGUAUUAAUUAUACGUCAUAAUUUCAUAGAAGUUUGACGUUUGAAAUAACACUUGCACUGCGUGUGCUAUCAAAAUCGUUGCAGACUUAGGCCCGAUUUCCUCCUACGCUGAAGUCAGUCGCUGACGUCGGUCGAGCGUACCGUCGGAAGAAUAAUCUGCCGCGGACGUCAGCGUCGUUGUGCGGGGGCCCAUAGAACAUACGUUACGUACGAACGCUCGACCGACGUCAGUGACCGAUGUCAGCGUAGGAGGAAAUCAAGCCUUAUCUUGAUAUAAAUCUAGUAACUUUAGAAAGUAAAGCCAUCACCCAUCACAAAACAAUGUAUGCGUUAGUCAGGCGUUGUAGUGACAUUCGCGUAACGUAAUCUAGACCAGAGAGUCUCAUCAGCGAGACUCGUUUUGAUCUCAAAAUAGAUGCCUAGAGUCAUACGAUACUAACGGUUUUAGUAUAUUAGUGGCUCCUGUGUUAUCUCUGCUGGGAUUAUAACACCGUUAUUUUGGGGACGGUGAUUUAAUAUAGUACUUGAGAUAGACAGAGAUUUCAAAUCUCAGGCCACUACUCACGCCUAGCUACGACACUACAGUGAUAUCCUAUGUAACGACAACGCACUUGAGUCUGUUGUCCAUCAGUGUUAGUUACUAAAUGUAACACCAAGUAUAUUGUGAUUUAUUUAUUGAAUAGCAAAUAAGUAGCAUAGUUAUAGCUAUAGAUACUUGACUACGUACCUAUAAUCUCUACUCAUAACAUGAUUUCAAUUGUUGUUGACGUUGUUCUCCAGUAAAUGUAAGUACGAAUAUACAGUUAGGUGUAAAUUAAGAGACAAUCGUCGCUUUGUUAAUUUGUUCAUUCAUCAAAUGGAGAAAUGUGCCUAAACUGUUAAUUAAAUACUUCGCAUACCUGAUUUUUUACCGUUAUACAAUUGAAUAUUUAAUUAUUUAGACUUAAACAUUAUUUCGAAAUAAUAUAUUUUCGCUGUUUAAGUAUAAAGAGAGUGUAUAGACCAAAUUAAAUAAAUGUUAUGCAAAUGUGUUCCAGUUUUUAUCUACUUUAUAACACAGAAUAAGUAAUAGUACUACCGUACAGAAAGGAACUUCCUACAGAACCGAAGUUUGACAGCAGUUCAGGGACGAAUCAUGCUGUCCCUUUCUUAUGUAUGGUACUAUCUAUUUCGGCUAUUUAGGGCUGUCAAAAUUCAAGUUAUCUGUGUCGUAAACGCAAACGGACGUCGUGUCAACUCUAAUAAUUGCUCGGAGCAAUGCUGAGGCUAACGGAGCCGAGAAUACCCGAAAGGAAGAGUUUCGCACCCCUGUUUAUAGUAAGGCAGAACUAAGGCCCAGAGUCACUUCGAGAUAAUUUGAAUAAAUUAAUUGAUUUUUUAUUAUUAAUUAUUAAUAUCACAAUGUCACACAUUAGUCAUCUCGCUGUCGUAAUGUGCUGUUUAGUUAUUUAUGUGUUAUUUGUUGAUGGGAACUUAAAGUGUUACUAAAUUUAAUCUUGUUAUUAUCUUGUUGUAUGCAUGUCCUGUAAUAAAUUAUUUCAGAUUAAA